CGUAUAGCUUCCCACUUCCUGUUCAUUCCCACGUUUCGCUUGCAGGGAGCGCUGUGGCGGGCGGAGCCGCGGAGUCCCGGCACCACAGAAGAAGAACUGCAAAUGUCCUGGAAGAAAACAUCUCUCAGACAGCCACAGCUGCUGCAGUGUUGUAACCAAGACAAAGUUGCAGGUCGCCACAGAAUCGUAACAUAAGAUGCUUCACCGGACGACGUGACUAAAAACAAUAAACGGCGUUUAAAGAGAAGAAGAAGCCGUACUUUUUCUGCGAUGGAGUUCCCUCAGCAUUCCCAGCAGCUGCUGUCAGCUCUGCGCUCCCAGCGCCAGCGGGGCUUCCUCUGCGACUGUACCGUCGUGGUGGGCUCAUCCCGUUUUCUGGCUCACAAAGCUGUUUUGGCUUCCUGCUCUCCGUUCUUCCACAUGUUCUACUCAGACUCUGCGGGGGUCCUCGGUGGAAACGGCACCGGCAGCUCCGUCACACUUGACAGUGACAUUGUCACGUCUGCUGCAUUUGGUUUGCUCUUGGACUUUGUCUAUGAAGGCGUGCUGCAGCUGGGCGAGUCUCCACCAGUGGAGGACAUAUUGGCAGCUGCAAGCUUCCUGCACAUGAACGAAGUCGUGAGAGUCUGCAAGAGACGACUGCAGAGACGAGGGCCUCUUGCUGAGGCAGACAGCACUCGCUCUGAAGAGAGCGCUGGUGCGAGGAGGGCAACAGAGACGGGAAGGAAGGGUGACGGUGGAGCUGAGCCUGUGGUGGCCAUGGCAGGGGAUUUCAUGAAUCCAGCCGCCAUGGCAGCACCAGUUCCAUCAGUAUCCAUAAUGACGGGGAAAAGUCAGUUAGAGUCUGUGAAGUCUGAACAUAGGACGGGUGGGGGGUCAUCAGAAGCACAGGUUAAGACUCCUCUGAGCCCCGACCUCGCUGAUACCACGCAGCCAGGCAUGGAUGCCCCUCCUCUGCCCCCAGGCGGAGAGCUGGUGCAGGGCAUCAUCACAGGCCGGUCUGCCCCUGUUGCAGGAGGUCACGCCAGUUUGGGCACUGGAGGUCAUGGGGAGGUGUCAGCACUCUGCAGCCCUUGCAGCACCACUGAGACAUACAGCCAUUGCAGUAACCAGCAGCCCUCCUCGUCUUCUUCCUCCCUGGUGCCAGUGAGUCAGGCUAGUGGUCGGUCAGUGGUUGCUUAUUCCCAGUCAGGAUCCACCCUCUCCCCUAGCCCACAGCAGGACGUACCCAGACUGCCACGGGAUGACUCUGUAAGGAACCCCUCAGAGGCGUACCAUGUAGAUGCAUCAAGUGCAAGACAACAGACGGUCAUGUUAGUCCAAGCAUCAGCACAAACCACACAAAACCCAACAUACUCACCACCACAGUGGGCACUUCCCCAGAUCCGAAUCCAGAACACUGUGUCGCUCCAAUGCCAAAGCUUGGACUUCCACUCUGCUCCUCGGACACAAACCCGUAAGGGACCUGAGGGGAAUGUGGAAGCUUCACCCACCACUAGAAAUGAAAGAUCUCACCCUCCGAAGGGAAGAGUGAGGACAGACCACAAUGAUGGAGAGAAGUUGAAGGUCAAAGUGGAGGCCAUUGUUAUAUCUGACGAAGAGUUAGAGGAGGAGACGGAGGAAAGCAGAGAGAGAGAAUCCGUGAUGGAAGAAGAAGAGGAGCUGCACAGUCCUCAGUUUCUCUCCUCCCACCCACAGGUCAUCUUACAAAUGACCUCCCAUUCAAAUGACUACUCCUUCCCCCUCUCUCCCUCCUCUUCGUCCUCCGGUGCCGGCCCUUCCUCCCAGGACACUUCCUCCUUCGCCCUCAUCCCUCCAUCCACAGCUCAGCAGCAUUCAGACCCUCCUUCCUACUUCCAGGACUUUCAGGACUCAUUAGGGAACUUUGUAGAAGACGUCCCAACCUGUGGAGUCUGUGGAAAGACUUUCUCAUGUACAUACACACUGAGGCGCCACGCCAUCGUGCACACACGUGAACGUCCCUAUGAGUGUCGCUACUGCUACCGGAGCUACACACAAUCAGGCGACCUGUACAGACAUAUACGUAAAGCUCAUGACCAGACGCUGCCCGCCAAACGCAGCAAGGCAGACAUGGAGUCCUCCCUGCCACCACAACCACCACCUCUUAGCUAACACACACACACACACACACAAACUAUUUAUAUACUUAUGCACACAUACCUAACUUUAACAUGAUAGCUUAACUCUAAUUCUACAUUUUAACCUAAAUCGAUCAGAGCUGCAACUGAUUAUUACUUUAAUUUUCAAUUGAUUUGUGGGUUAUUUUCUCGAAUAAUCAAUAGUAAUAAUGUCUUUUAUUAAUCCCUCAGUGGGGAAAUUCUUCUCUGCAUUUUACCCAUCCUUGGUUAUUAACGAGCAGUGGGCUCCAGUGUCUUGCUCAAGGACAUUUCGACAUGCUAUGGGGGGAGCGGGGAUCGAACCGGGUACCUUGUGGUUUUGGGACGACCACUCUCCCCAUGAGCUACAGCCGACCCAAUAGUUAGAUUGUGUCAGAAAAUGUUGAAAAUUGUAUUUCACAAUUGCCCAAAUCUCAACUGUUUAUCAAUAUGUAACGUAGCGCUGAGUGACCGGACCACCAGGUAUAGAUGGCCAAUCACAACAUUUUAGGGUGGGACAUUGAGAAAAAAUAUAGCCUGAGGGUCGGGGAGAUAUAAACAGACUACAGCAUAGAUGAUCUGGUAUUAAAGUGAAAAAGUAGUUUAAAAAUUAAACAGAAACUUGCACAUCAGCCGCAGCCAUCUCGGUUUUGCCUUAAUGCGGCACCAUUUAACAAUGUCCGUCUCAAACACAACCAAUAUUAGAUAAAUGGUUGUGAUUGGCCCAGAAGCAUCUGCCAGAGCAAAUAAAAGAAGAGCUCUUCGAUUUGUCCUCGUCCCCAUGAGUGCAUACAUACCAGAAUUCUCACACACACUAAACACCAGCGAUGUGGCGGUGAUAUCACUUGUCAUAUAUCACACUAACAUGCUUAAUGUGUGAAUGUCUCCUUAGAACCCUAUAACUUAUCAGAUUUUUUUUCUAUUGUGCUAAAAUUUCGCAGGGAUUUUACAGUUUGGGUUUGUCAUUUUUUAAUACCUUUAUCAUUAUUAAAAAAAUUAUCUAAAACAAUUUAAAAGAGUUUUAACAAGAUAUGUGACAUCCUACACUUAAUGUGCAAAUAAGGGAAAGCUAUUGUGUUUAGGAUUUUAUUAGUUACAAUAAUUGUAAUUUGUAUGACUGCCUUCUGUGUGACUCUGCCAGCAAAGUUUGACUGAUUGUAAAUGUAAAAGCAUUGUACCGUCUAGUGUUUUGUUUACAGGAUGAAACUAUCAAAGCAGAUACCUGCACCAAUUCUACAAUUAGAAUCAGAUAGUGCCAUUUUAUAACUUGUAAUACAAGCUUUUCCUUGCAUCAGUUUUAAUGAAGCCGCUUCAUCAAUAGCAGAUGUAUACAGUUUAUCUGAUGAAGGAGAAAAUCAACUGUGCCAAAAAGUAUUUUCUUUGUCUCCUCCAAACAUGCAGUGAGAAGUCUUUCAUUAGGAAUCAUUCCUAAGUGAGGUAACUGACUCAGAAAUGUCAGUGGCAGCCAAAUAAACUGAUUAACUUUACAGGGCCUCUAAUGUAUGCAUUUCUAGUGGCUUUUCAGGAUUAUUUACAUUAUAUUACUGUUUAAUUUGGUCAGAUUAUUUUAGCACUGUGGCUAUCUUGUCCUUACUUAUAAUGUUGCUACAUAUUUCAUAGACUUUGUUUAGCAUUCUCCAUCAGCGUUAAUUCAAAGUAGGAUGGAAAAAGACUUGUUUCACUAUUCAACUUUCAGCCGUCAUGGUAGUGUUGCAGUGGAAGGGACUUUCUCCCUUCCACUGCAACACUACCAUGACGGCUGGAAGUUGAAUGAGUUUGAGGAUACACCGUUAUGUGUGUGGCUUUUCUUAUUGUGUUUCUCCUGUAAUGUGACAGAAUAUACAGUACGAGCACACAAAAUAUUAUUCUGCCUUCUCUUAUGUGUUUAUAUUUUAACUUUAAAUGUGCCUGAAUGACUGACUGUUUGGAGUUAGUGCUUCUGCACCACAUUACUAUUUGGUAUUGGAGUUUUGUAUUGUGAGAAGGGACAGUGGAGUCAGUGAUCAUUUCAUCCUUGUGUCAUGGUGGCGGGUGUGCACAAUCUAAAUGUUACUUAGUGA